ACACACCCGUUGUGAUUGUGAGUGCAUCCAGACCCCCUGUUACAUCCUGCCCUAUUUAUCGCAAUGAUGAUCUCGUUGUUUUUAGCAGCUUUGAUUGGGUUGGCCGCAGCAGCAACACAGCAACAACAACCUAAUGACCCUAUUCCAAUCGUACGUUUCGAAGCAGAGGGGCCGAAUGUUGAUGGUUCUUAUAAGUGGCUAUAUGAAACGGGCAAUGAAAUUAACGCUGAGGAGUCUGGUUAUGUCAAAAAUUUUGGUAAAGGAGAAGGCGAGGAGGUACAGGUUGCUGAAGGAAAGUUUAGUUACAAGUCGCCAGAAGGCAACUUGAUCGCACUCACAUACAUCGCUGACGAGAAUGGCUUUCAGCCACAGGGUGAACAUCUACCAACGCCGCCUCCCAUUCCACCGGCAAUACAAAAGGCCUUAGAAUACUUGAAGACUCUACCACCUGGUGCAGUGGGAUCUCCGUCUAAUAUUCAACCUCAAUAUCAACCUUCUCCCUUCAAACAAAGAGGAAGAUUUUAAAUAAUAAAAGAAUAUCAGAUUGUUAUAAACAUAAAUAAAUAAUAUUAUAAAGCGAGGCAAAUGCCUAAAUGACAAAGCAAAAAUUAUAAAAUGUGUUAAAGCAAAUUAUAAUGCACGUUUAUGAAAUAUAACUAGAACAAAACAUAAUUUAUUAUGCAUUUAAAUUGUAUAAUUAUAAUAAAUUAAAUAUAUUGAUUUGAAAAAGAAACAAUCAAUCUAACUUUAUAUCUUCAAAAGACUGUUAAUUUGAUUUUAAUUAUUAAAUCUAAGAAAUACCGACAAGUCUGUGAAGAUACUAGGAAGCUUCUUAGUUUCUCCGAGGAUCUUCGCUGACUAUUUUAUUAUUAGUAAGUAGAAGCUCUGCUUCUCUACAAUUAUAAUAGCCUAAAAGUGAGUCUAAGUGUAACUUUCAAUAUGAUUUCAUAAUUAUCUCAAGUAUAAGGUAAGUGCCCUUAUUUGUAGAUUCAAUGUACAUGUAUUAUUUGAUAAUUUACUCACUAGAAUAUAAAGUAAAAUAAAAAUAAGCAAAUUAUCGUGUAUUUCAUUAUAUGCUUUAAAAAUUAAAUAAUGAACAAUAAGUAAAGUUAAAACUUGAAAACAGUCCCUACAUUAUGUAGGAUAUGACAUAGACAGUUAUAUUUAUUUAGAGUAGCAAAAAUGAGACAAAUUACAAUGCAAUUUCACCACAAUUAAACCACAAAGUACAACGAGAAAAGUAAGAAAAAUCUUUACUAAGACUACAUGAUACUUUAAAUUUCAGCCGCCAUUUAAGUUCAUUAUCAACCUGUACGCGUCCGUUUAUGAUUAUUCGUUACGAUAGCUUCAUUGUCACUGUCAUAGUCCCAUUUAUCUAAAUGCGAAACUUACGAACACUUCGUAUGUGAACUGCAUCCUGCAGCAGAUUUCUUUAACCUAGAUAAAGUUAUUAACGUAUGUGUGUAGGUAUAUCAUUAAAUAAACAAUGAUAUCUAUUAUCUCCAAGAUAAGUAAUUGGAGAUCGUUAACGACCAAGUGAAAUAGUGAUAUUUUUAUUUAAAUACCAAAUUACUGAUAUUUCUAUGAAGUGCAUCUCACGAUUUACGUGAAUAGAAAGAGAACAUUUUCAAAACUAAACAACAGAUAUUUAAAGAACGCCUUUUUUUGAAGUCUAUU